AUGCGAAUAUUUUGGAUCCUGAGACUGGUUACGGAGUACAGGGGGCAUGGUCCCAGGAGAAUCGUCACCAACGACCAAGCAAGACCGACAGGAGAGGGACUUGGGACCAUUGUGUGGAAAGAUCAACUGCCUUUGCUGGAGCAGUCUGAAGUAGCGUCAGGACCAUGGGGACUGGAGGCAAUAUCGUCAUCUCCUGCACUGGAUGUCGACGUCGAAUGCCAAGUCUUCAAGUUCCAUGGCCCCAGUGAACCCAAAUCUUUGACCGUCCGUCCGUCGGUGGACAAGACUCGCCGUCGUCAGCCGUGCCGUCUCACGGCUCAGAAUGAUACCUGCCAAUUUAUCCAAAGCUCCUGGAGUUUACUCCGUUUUCCGGGGCGGAAUGGCAUCCAGCCUCGUCGGCCUGUUCGGGCUAAGAUUGCAUCCUACCGGGCAAUUUUCAACUCUCCUCGCCCCGCGAGAGCCAUGGAUGGUCGAUUGCAAAAGAUGGGCUCAGUCUCAUGUCAUAAAUCUUAA